AUGGCACAGCAAAUCCCCCAACUCUUCGGCCUCAUUCCCACCGGCCAUCCCGCAAUCCUCGCCCCCACCAGCGCGCCCUCCCAGACAUCGUUUCUGUACACGAUACCGCUGGAUCCUGCCCAUCUAUUCUCGCAUAUAGUGGCAUUCCUGCUACCAGGCACCGACCUCCCUCCCGAAACCGCAGCAGCAGUCUACAUCUCUCUCCCGACAUCCCCCUCCCCAGAGCCCCUACAACCAAACUUCAAAUUCCUGGGAGGCAUAGGGCCCGGCAAAGAAAGCGCGAUUUUCAAAAUCACCGGCCUCUCCGCCUCGCCAGCAAGCACCGCCGCUCCAAACAGGGAGGUAGACAUGGACUCCGGCUACCCGGAACCACUCUCCUCCUUCGGAAGCUCCCUCACAAUCGGCAUCUCCAUCGAGCCCGCAGCUUCUGUCGCCGCGCAGAUGGCUGCCCUGCAAGCCAACAAUGCUUCGCAAUCGCAAUCGUUGGUGCCCGCGAAACAGCAGCAGAACUUGGAUCCGUUACUGCUGGCGCAGAGGAUAAUCAAGAAUGAGUUUAAUUUCCUGGCGAGUUUCAGUGGGAAUGUGGCGAAUGGCGUGGAGGUAGUGCCUCUGAAGGCGUUUGAGGAUUGGUGGCGGAAGUUUGAGGGGAAGGUGAGGGCUGAUCCGGGGUUUUUGGAGAGGGAUAGUCAGGAUUGA